AGGAGAAGAAGAAGAAGAAGGGGAGAAUUUAGCCUUUCGGAGGGUAAAAUCCGGCAGCCGGCGGGUGUGGUUGUUGUUGUUAAUAAUUAAUAGCCCGUUAUUAACUAACAGUUAACUCUCACUCCAUACAGACUUAUUCGUAUGCGUAGGAGGAGCUUAUCAGUAGAGAAAAAACCCACACCCUCGCUUCCGCUCCCCGAGGACUCGACCGAUCACCGACCGACGUCGUGUUCCAUUCGCCUUUUUUCCACUUCCCCCCCCCCCCCCCCCCCCCCCCCCUCUCCUCCUCCUCUCGCUCCUCCUGCUCCUCCUCUGUCUUCACUUAAUUCAAUUCCUCUCCCAUACCUCCACCCCUCCCUCAAUCUUCCUCUUCCUCUAUACAUACACAAUCUUGUCCCGCCUGUUGCCUAUAUAAUUGCCUUGAAUUCAUAUUUGGGAUACACCAGCUUGCCGUACCUACAAUCAAUUUCCCGCCCCUGCUCAUUUCCUCAUUUCUCCAACCGGUUUUAUCGCCCACAUCGGUCGCUUCGGACAGUCCCGGAAAGCUCGCUCGGUUGCUCAACACGACUGUCUUUUUCUGCCCCUAGACUUCUUCUCCAGCCGGUAUAACUUGAUCAAAGAUCUUAUUUUACACUAUCAUAAUGCACGCCACCAUGGUUCUCCGUAACGCUGCUCGCACCCCUCUCAUUCG